AUGGCGGCGCAAGGGACGCCGGGGCGCUCGGGGCUGCCACCUGCCGGCGGGAACCCCCGGCAAACGGUGCUCCUUACCCCGGAACCAGCGGCUGCGGGGAGUUUGUGCCCCGGGAGGUGCUGGGGCGGGGGGGGGCUGGCAACAGUUCCGGGGGUCCCGCCCCGGGAUGGGAUGGGGGCUGCCCGGGCCAGGGAGGACGUGGUGGAAGCAGGAGGGGUGAGGAGGGGGCAGCAGUGCUGGGCACCGUCAGGCCUGCCAGGGUUCCCCCUCUGGGGUGAACACCCCCCCCCCCCCCCCCCCCCCAAUGCUGCCCUCCCCUCUCCCUGCAAGCAGGCUGUUCCCUGCAGCCAGCUUUUGGGGCGUUCUAGGGGACACCCCCCCGGCUGCAUGCCAGGAUCUGGCCAUCCUGAGCGCCACAGCCCUUAUCCUGCACACGGGAUUCUGCAUGGAGGUGUUGCCGGGGCUGCCUCACUCUGCGUCCCCCCAAAACAGCCCGGCUGGCAGCCACAGGAGGUACCACUGAGGAAGGAGGGAAGCUCCCCGCUGCGGGCUGGGCUGGUCCUGUUGCCACCCCCACACUGGCUGUGCCCACGCACCGUGGCAAAGGGCUGCUGGGGAACCCUCCUGCAGCCCCAACGCCCCAUCCUGAAGGGCAUUAAGAAGGGCACGGCCGGUCAGUGGGAUGUUGGUCUGGUCCUCUCUCUGCUUGGACAUCUGUCUGUAUGUCCAGCCUCGCUGCUCGCCCUCAGGCGUUUCCCUUCACAGGAGCAGGAGUCGGCCAGCACCCGCCGUGAGGGAUUCUCCAAACAGGACCCCACCUCAUCCAGAUACGUGCAGAGCAGCAGGUCAGGCUUCCUGGAUCCAGGUCCACACGCCAGCAGCGGCAUUCCCUGCGCAGAGACGCCCUUGCCGUGGGCAGCCCGUACCACCGAGGGAUGCUUCUGGCCCCCCUCAGGCACAGCUCCUGCCCACAGCCUCACUGACCAGACCCAGCUGAAGCUGCUCAGAGCCUUCCUGCCCUCCGCAGCAUCUUCCACCACCCAGGAAGCCUCCCAGCAAGCUCAGGGCACAAGCCAGGACCUUGCCGGAGACCCCACAGAGGCAUUCCCAGGUGAACGGUCCCUGCCCGGGACAGAGAGGACCUAAAUGCUGGUGAGUCACCAUUUUCCCUCGCAACAGCAUCCUAGGGGGACGUGGGACAGGCUGGGCAAGAUGUGGGGGCUUACAGGGGAGAACAAGGGUGCUGGGAAGGGAGGCAGAGCAGCCAGGGAAGGGGGAAACUUGUACUCUCCCAGGCAAUGAGAGAGAUGAGGAGGUACUGAGGCUGCUCAAGAAACCCAGCGAAGCUGCUCAGGGCUAGGGAGAGGUCCAGGAAAUAGGGAUUGGGUCUGAGGAGCCCAGGCCGGGCUGGCAUCUGCCAGGGCGAGGUUCGGGAUUUGCUGAGCCUGUUGUGGGGGAAGAAGGAUGGGAAAACUGCUGUGGAGCUGGGUUGAGGAGCUGGGGCAGGAGAGAUGCGAUGUGGAAAGGCACACGCUUGCAGGGACAUGACCUCUGGAAGACACAGCCUCUGGGGCGGCUGCGAAACUGAGCUCCCUCAGCCUUGGCAUUCCCUGGCAGUCAGCACGGCUCUGUGAAGCCCCGUGGCAAAACGCCCUCCCCACCGCCCAUGCUGGGCUCCAGGGAGAGGGACAAGCCAGCCUGGCUGGGGUCCCGGCCAGCUCCAGGGCAGUGGGUCAGUAGGGUCCCAAUUUGUAGGGGAAUUCCGUGAAGUUCAAGCUGUCACCUAGUAAAGAUGUUUUUUGGUUUUUAAUCUACUUUAAAAAAAAAAAAAAAAGUCCCUAGGAAACUGCAGUCAAAUAUGACAUCAACGAUGUGCUCUGCCAGCUGCAGGGUACUCCGAGGUGGGACGAGUCCAAACUUCAGCUGCCCAGGUAAGCUCAGCUGAACCUUCAGCUGUACGGGGCACGUCCCUAACACACAGACACAGGGAGGAAACCAGACUAAAACCUGCCAGUGGCACUGGAACAUGGUUGUCAUGGAAGCUGGAAGGUGAAAAAUACCUGAGAUUGGAGAUUUGGGAGUGAGGAGGGUCUUAUGGUUCACACGGGUGCCCCUGAGACCCACACAGCAGGGCUGAGGCUCUGGAACAAAGCUUUGCCGAGUGGUUCCUGACUCCAUUCCCCUUUGUUUAGCCCCGAAUUUGAAGCAUGGGGAUGGGAUGUGAAGCGCCAACCCAGCUCUGCUGCAGUCGGUGAAAAGGCAUCAAGAGCUGCAGGUGGCAAAACACUGAAAAACCCAAUUCCCCGGAGAGCAAAAGCAAUGUACCUUUGGGGAGAGCUGGUAACCAGGGUGGCGGUUGCUGGAGCCACACCCCAGCUCUCCAGCGCCUGCUCUCCAUUGCCCCCAGCCUCAUCCGGCAGCCGCUUUCCUCCCUUUGCAGCUCUGGGACACAGAGAGAGAGAGGCACGAAGGGACCCGGAGUUUCCUAACGAGGUUUUUACUGUCUGCCCAGGGGAUAUUUUUAUUCUUUAGCUGUCUAAGUGCAAACAAAGCCAGAAGUAGAUGGGGAGGGGGACACUAGAUGAAACAGUGUAUGCAGACGAGCUGGCUUUUAUAGGAAGUGUAGCUGGGAAAAGUUUGGCACGCACAGUUGUAAAUCACUCCUUUAGCUUGGUGCACUGCAAAAGGAUCCUUCUCUGCGCUCAUCUUCCCAUUUGGCUGGUGAAGAAGCAUUUGUUCAAACACAGCAUGGCCUCAGCCUGGAAUCGCAGCAGUUUUGGAGGAGCCCUUCCUUCCCUCUCCCUGUGAACAUCUACCUGGAGCCUCCAAGCAGGAGCCCACAUGCUUGGGAAGAGUGCUGCGUUGUCGGAUCGAGCUGCCAGCGGCCAUUCGGACUUUCCCCACUCCAUCAGUCCUUCCACGCCAGAUGGCAAGAGCAGCUCCUCGGCUGCUGGCCACGCACCACGCUCGGUGUUGUCUUCUCCGGCGGGCAGUGGCCUCUGCACCGGCGUCACGGCAUCAAGCCAAGAUGCUGCUGAAGGUUCUACCUUGAACGCCCACCAGCCGGGCAAGGAGAAGACCCAGCUGUGCUCCGAGAGCUGUGCGAGGGGUCUGAGCCUGCUGCAGGAGGCCCCGGCCAUGCAUCCGUCGGUGCUUUUUGGGAGCCGUGGGACCACACCACCGCCUACCCGUGCCAGAUUUCAAGGCUCGCUCAGACGGGAUUGGGGCCGGCUGGCCGGAGAUCAGAGCAGUUGCUCUCCUACACCAGGUCACGCAGCCCCUGCCAAGUGUCACUGUGUGCCGUUGUCCCUGCCUGCCAAGAGAAGAGCUGCCUGACGCUUCUCGGCGCCGUCACGCACCGCCACGCUGGCACACAUUAAAUAAGCCUAACGAGGCUCUGCGCAGAGCAAGUGUUUCGGUGACCCAGCCCACAGGUAUCUGGAGUUUGAUCGGCCGGUCACUGUGACCGCGGUUGCAGCCCAGCGCAGCGUCCCCCGGGUGUUAAAGGAGGGAUGUGGGAGUGGGAAUCUGCAUCUGUGCAGGGGGAUGUCCGGGACCUGCCUUUGGGACCGCAGAGACACAGCCUCUCCCCGCGGGACAGCGUGAGGGGUGACACAAGCAGAAUCACUGGUGCAAACCCCACCGGCGGUUCCUGCUGCAUCAGCCCAGGGGUGAAACCUUGCAGCAACCCUCCCCAAAAAUCCUGUAUCUCGCAGACAGUUUAUUGAGUAAUUAAAGAGCAAUUAUCAGCCGGAGGCAGAGUUGCUCCUGUUUGAUUUUGCAAGGAAAAUUAUUCCAAUGCCUUCCUCUUUUUUUUUUUUUUUUUUUUUUUUUUACAGCUUGUUUCCCUUCAGUGUGAAUCACAGAAGAAAUAAAAGAAAUUCAGGAUUUUUUUUAAGUUUUACACUGGCUUGCUGUAUUCUGUCCUGCAAGUGGUUAACGGUUCAUCUAAAGUCAGAGGAAGCUCUCUGAAGCAAUCUUGCAAUUUACAGCUUUUCCUUCACUAAAUAAGAAACG